AUGGUUUUCACGGAUACUUCUUGUGGAGGUGGAGAUUUGGGUAGAGGUUGGUGUGGGGUGUUAGGUCUAGAUGUCGAUGACAGGGUUAUGGAAGGCAAAUCAAGUGCCGGUAGCGAGGGCGGUAAAGAUUCCCGUGAUAAGUUGAUGCGAUAG